UUAUGUCGCCAACUCAAAACUCUUCCUUCACCUCUUCGCGUCACCCUUUCUCGUCGACUUAACAGCUUUACAUGCUUCCAUAGAGAAAUGGACGCUCAGUUGCUAUAUGCAGCCGCCACUCUCGUAGUUUUGGGGCUGUCCUCUCUUUACCUGGCAUUGAUAAUGUGGUCUCCCCCGCCAAUACUCACACGCCCCUCAGAAACCACCUACCUUUCCCACUCCUCUCCCAAAAAGCGGAAACCGCUCAGUAGACUUGCGGAGCGCGCAACUGUCGACCUGAGCGUGGUUGUUCCAGCAUAUAAUGAGACUGAACGUCUUCCAAUAAUGAUUUCCGCCGCCCUCACCCACCUUCAAAAACAAAAGCCACGCUCAUUCGAAGUGAUCAUCGUGGACGAUGGCUCGUCAGACGGGACUUCAGCCAAGGCGCUCGAAUUAGCUUCCCAAUAUCCAACAGCGGACAUUCGUGUUGUCACACUCGAGCAAAACCUGGGCAAAGGCGGGGCUGUACGGCAUGGAAUGCUGCAUUCUGGCGGGGAAAGGCUUUUGAUGGUCGACGCAGACGAUGCCAGCCGGUUUGUUGACCUAGAGUUACUUUGGAAGGAAAUGGAUCGAAUUGCGCCAGAUAAGAAGGCCGGUGUGGUCGUGGGCAGUCGUGCACAUUUAGUCAAAACGGAGGCGGUGGUCAAGCGCUCCCUUCUUCGCAACAUCCUUAUGUAUGGUCUCCACACGAUUCUCCGUAUUGUUGGCGUAGGCCAUAUCAGAGACACUCAAUGUGGAUUCAAGCUAUUCUCGCGGGCUGCCGCACGCCAAAUCUUUCCGGCCCAACAUUUGCCUACAUGGAUAUUCGAUGUCGAGCUUCUGUUGCUGGCCAAGCAAGUUGGUAUUCCAGUGGCUGAAGUACCGAUCGAAUGGCACGAGGUGGCGGGGAGUAAGCUUAAUGUCGUCAGCGCGUCAAUCCAGAUGCUUCGCGACUUGCUUAUUGUGAGGGCGAACCACCUGCUCGGUAGAUGGAAGCCUGUCCCCCCGAGAACGCCGACGACCUAG